GCCACGCAAAGGUCGCAAUCUAAAUGCUCAUUGGUAGCAUUAGCUCCCUGAGAUCAUUGAUCGCCAGCUGCGUUGGCAUCGUUCGUCAUCAUACAGCUCUGCUCUGCCCUGCUCUUCCCGUCUACCUCCCGUGCUCUGCUUUUCUGUGCCACCGGCUUCAUAUAGCUACCCUCUGCUUCUCAUACUAUCUUACAGCGUAAGGACGACGCCAUUGUUACCUUCAUCCCCCUGUGAGAGCAUUAGGAUUCGAGAUAGGGCAGGGAGAAGAAACACAGAGAAAGGGACUGUUCUCUUCUCUAUAUGGGAACAAGACCAAAAAAGUCGCCGGGGGAAUCGGUGCGCUGCAGGCUUCUACUGCUAACCUUCGUCUUCUUGGUCUGCGUUUGCCUUUUGAUGGCCAUGGCGGCGACAGACGCUGCGAGCUUAGGGCCAAACGACGCCGCGACCGCUGCCGACAUGACGACGACGGGCUCGCCGGCGCGGUAUUCCGGCGGGAGCGGCAGUACGGCCGGUGCGGACGCGUUCCGGAGCAGCAAGAGGAGGAUCCCCAAGGGGCCCGACCCCAUUCACAACAGGCGUGCCGGGAAGACAACGAUUGCGCCGCGGCGGAGAGACUAGCUGGAGUCUGACGACGACGAGCGAAACAUUAAUCUAGCCAGCUAGCGGCGAAGAAGACGAGAUCCUUGGCUUUCUGCAGAGAAUUCUGUUACUAUGAGAUUUUGGUUGUGGGGGUAUGUAUAAAGUUGCGAUCUUCCCUCGCAAGAAUUCUGUUUUUUUUUUCACCAAGCCGGUGAGUCAUGACUCAUGAGAUUGAUCAACCUUUCGCAUAUUCUUCCAAGAUUUGAU